AAGUUCACUUACUUAUUAUUCAACCACCAAACCGCAUCUUCUCCUGUAUAAAAGGAGAACUCUUUUGGCUGUGUUUGUAUACUUUUGAGUGAGACAAAACGGUGAAGAAAGAAAUGGGUAAGUGGUGCAUUUUGGUGGUUUUGGCUCUUGCUGUAGUUGCAACAAGUGCUAGAAAUGUGCCUGCUGGAAAAAGUGGUUUGAAGGAUGAGAAGAACUUCAUUGGUGGGUUGGGUGGUUUUUCAGGAAUUGGUAACAAUGGUUUUCCUUUUGGAGGUGUAGGUUUUGGCGGUGGUGGUGGCGGACUAGGCGGUGGUGGACUAGGAGGUAUAGGAGGUGGUGGACUCGGUGGAAUAGUAGGUGGUGGGGGUGGACUCGGUGGAAUAGGAGGUGGUGGACUCGGCGGAAUAGGAGGUGGUGGUAGUCUCGGUGGAAUAGGAGGUGGUGGACUCGGCAAUGCUGGUGGAAUAGGUGGCGGUGGACUCGGUGGAAUAGGCGCUGGUGGACUUGGUGGUGGCCUCGGUGGACUCGGUGGAAUAGGCGCUGGUGGACUUGGUGGUGGCCUCGGUGGCUCUUCUGGACUUGGAGGAUUCGGCGGGCUAGGUGGCGGUGGACUGGGAGGACUAGGAGGUUCUCCUGGACCGGAAGGAUUCAGCGGACUUGGUGGUAGUGGACUAGGUGGAUACAGCCGAGGUUCUGGUGGUGGUGUCUUUCCUCAUCCUUGAAUGACAAGUUAAUUACUAUUUACUAUAUCUUACUGUUCUUAAGAAAAUAAAAGAUGCUUAAAAGAAAUAAAAGUUAACUAUAGUGGAUUUAUUUUUA